AAGAUGAAAUAUUUUUAUCUUCAGACAUGAGCAUUGAUUUAUUAAUGAGAAUUCAAGAAUGGCGCAAUACUAUAGAUCCAAAUAUCUGGUCUAAGUCUACGUUUGUCCAAAUUCAUAUUUUAAUUGCAAAAUUGUUAUAUCCUCUUGUAAUUACUAUACAAGAACUUCAUGGAAGUCAUUGGAACUUUAUUUUUGAACUCCUUCAAUAUUGGCUACAAGAAACUUCUCGGUUAGAACUUUUCUAUGAAGCAAUUCACAUAUUUUGCCGAUUAAAUAACAUAGCCGCGUAUUCUACUAAUAAAAUUGACGUUUACGUCGAUGAUUCUGCAGAAGAUGCUGUCUGUAAUUUGUCUUCUAAGCUAAUUACCUAUAAACCUUUACUUUAUCAGCAACUAUCUUUAUUAUUUUUCAGAGAAAAAGUUCAUCAGGAUGACAUUUUAUCAUAUCAAUACUGCGAAUAUUUGGAAAUUUUAUGUGAAGCAUGUCAUGAUUUGCCGAAAGAAACUCUUUUGAAUAAAAAGGACGAGCUUUAUGCCUUGUUACUUGUUCCUCAUGAGGGAAUUCAAAAAUGUGCAUACAAGCUCUCACAUGGUUUGGUCAGCGAAAAAGCAUUAAGGUUGUCUGAAGAAUUAGAACUUCUCGGUACUUCGGGUAAAUCUGCUUUUAAUAGGUUUGAAGACCUUGCUCAUCGAAAUGCAAA